AGGAGAGGACCCACCUUGCCAUGAGCUCUGGGCUCAGCCGCGGAGGGCACGCUGGCAGCUUGCAGAGUGAUGAUGCAGUGCUCAGCACCCACACUGUCGGCCAGGACGGACGGAAGGAUGGACAGCCUGUGAGUUCCAGUAGCUCAUUGGCCUAUGGUGUCUUAGACAUCCCACCAUGGUAUCUCUGCAUCUUCUUGGGGAUCCAGCACUUCAUCACGGCCCUGGGAGGACUGGUAGCGGUGCCGCUCAUCCUGGCCAAGGAUCUGUGCCUGCAGCAUGACCCCCUGACCCAGAGCUACCUCAUCAGCACCAUUUUCUUCGUCUCUGGCAUCUGCACUCUCCUGCAAGUGCUUUUUGGGGUCAGGCUGCCCAUUCUCCAGGGAGGGACCUUUGCUUUUGUGGCGCCUUCUCUGGCCAUGCUCUCUCUUCCAUCCUGGAAGUGCCCAGAGUGGACACUCAAUGCCAGCCAGGUGAACACCAGCUCUCCUGCAUUCGUGGAGGAAUGGCAGAGGAGGAUCCGAGAGUUGCAGGGUGCCAUCAUGGUUGCUUCCUGUGUCCAGAUGCUCGUGGGAUUCUCAGGCCUCAUUGGCUUUCUCAUGCGCUUCAUUGGCCCCUUGACCAUUGCUCCGACCAUUUCCCUGGUGGCCCUGCCUCUCUUUGAUUCUGCAGGCAACGAUGCUGGAAUCCACUGGGGCAUUUCCUUCAUGACCAUCUUUCUCAUCGUGCUGUUUUCCCAAUUCCUGAAAAAUAUUGCGGUGCCUGUGCCUGUUUUUGGGGGAGAGAAGAAGUGUCACACCUCCAAGUUCUACCUGUUUCAGGUCUUCCCUGUGCUGCUGGCUCUCUGCAUCUCCUGGCUCAUCUGCUUCGUGCUCACGGUCACCAACACUCUCCCCUCGUCGCCCACUGCCUAUGGGUACCUGGCCCGCACUGACACCAAAAGCAGCGUCCUGAGCCAGGCCCCUUGGUUCCGCAUCCCUUACCCAGGGCAGUGGGGCCACCCCACCGUCAGCCUGGCUGGGGUCUUUGGCAUCAUCGCUGGGGUGAUCUCCUCCAUGGUGGAGUCUGUGGGUGAUUACUACGCCUGUGCCCGGCUGGUGGGAGCCCCACCUCCUCCAAAGCAUGCCAUCAACCGUGGCAUUGGCAUCGAGGGCCUUGGCUGCUUGCUGGCAGGAGCCUGGGGGACAGGGAAUGGCACCACCUCUUACAGUGAGAACGUCGGAGCGCUGGGCAUCACCAGGGUGGGCAGCAGGAUGGUGAUCGUCACGGCGGGCUGCGUGCUGCUCCUGAUGGGUGUUUUUGGGAAGAUCGGGGCUGUGUUUGCCACCAUUCCAACUCCAGUGAUCGGGGGCAUGUUCCUCGUCAUGUUUGGGGUCAUCAGCGCCGUGGGGAUCUCCAAUCUGCAGUUCGUGGACAUGAACUCAUCCAGGAACCUGUUUGUCUUUGGCUUCUCCAUCUACUGUGGCCUCGCCAUUCCCAACUGGGUGACCAAGAACCCUGAGAGGCUGCAGACAGGGAUUCUCCAGCUGGACCAGGUCAUCCAGGUGUUGCUGACCACCGGCAUGUUUGUUGGUGGAUUUCUGGGCUUUCUCCUCGAUAAUACCAUCCCUGGAGGUCUGGAGGAGCGAGGCAUCCUGGCAUGGAAUCAAGUUCAGGAGGAAUCCAAGGAGACUCCAAAGUCCUCAGAGGUCUAUGGUCUUCCCUGGGGGAUUGGCACCAAGUUCUGCACGGCCUCUUGCACCCAGGUCCUCCCCUUCUGGCCCAGGCUGAAACACGGUGGCAAAGGUGAGGUGGACAUGAGUCAACCUGCCCACUGCUCUCAGACUUCCUCCAGAGAGCACCUGUCAGGUGCCACAGAAACCAGGAUGUGA